UAUUAAGGGACUCUCUGGCGACAGUGUUUUGUUCCGAACAAUCGCACGAGCUGUUCGCCCACAACUUUUUUUUGCAAGACUUUUCUCGCUUGUAUUUUUAACGCGGCAGAGGUAUACUGCAGUUUUCGGACAAAAUGCGAGAUAACUUCGUCGUUGCGAGCGCGCAGUGAAUACUACCGCGAUCUCGGGGCAGUGCACUGAUGGACAGCGCCGCAGGAAGAGAAGUCUGUGUUGUGCGCGAUAGUGAAAUUUUCUAGUGCCAUUUACGACAGUAACUGAGCGGAUGGUGACUUAAAUGAAACAUUUCCGCUCUCUGUAUCUGUGUGGAGUGGCCGUUCUUCUGACGAGUGGCGCGUCUUCAUUUACGCCAGAGAUGCUCGACGAAUUUGGCCAAAAGAACUCGUGCAGCCGUAACCUGCGCCCGCGCUGUGUGUGUAACGAGAUGACGACGAGCGCCCUUUUAAAGCAGUGCCGCUUAAAGACGAGCGUAUCGGCGCCCGAAAACAAAAGCUAAAUAGUCGGCUCGGAGGAAAAAUAAGGAGCUAGAUAGGCGAAAAAGAGAAAAGGAGAAAGAACUGUGUUAAAAAAAAUAAAAGACCCGUCAGGCAGCAGCAGCUCGUAUUCAUUUCUUUCGUCGGCCUGUUUUACGAUUCUUUUGUCUUGCUUGAACAGACGAGAAACGGCAGGCGCUGCUCAGAAAAGAAGAAGUAGAAGAAGACAGCACGCGCAGGGGGGGAAUAGGGAGAAGAAAAAAAAAAAUAUUUCGCGCCGGCGAUUGGAGAGAGUGUCGGGAGGGGGGAGAGAAGACGACUGGAAAACAAAAGAGAGGCGCCCAGCGCGGUCCAGCAUUCUUUUGUUUGGCGGGCUCACGUGCGCGCGCGGGACGGAUUUUCUGGGGAGAAACGAAAAAAAGGAAGAGCAGCGGGAAAGAGAAAGGAGGAGGCGGAGGCAGAGCUGAGAGCGCCUGACCUUCUGUGGUCGCGAAUCGCUAGUGUGCGUCCGCGAGGCCCGACCACGUGUGCUGCGCGCCGCCGGCUGCUAUCAUUGCGCGAGCGGCGACCGACGCCAAGAUUGUGAAGAUAGUGCGGCCGGAGAUCAGCCAUGAAGGCCAGCGGACCGGCGACACGGCGCGCCACCAGCUGAAUGGAGACCGCAGCCGUCGCCGGGCGCAAAAACUGUGACGACACGGGAGCCGGAGCUGGCGCACCCCGGUCCGGAGUCGCGAGAGCCCCGCGCAGCUGCCGCAGCUGCGCCGCCUGACGAAGCGUGCCGGCCAUGAGGCGCGCCGCCCGCAGGACGUCACUGCGCCGCAGGGAGCGAGUGCCCUAGUGCGACGAGCAUGAAGCGCAGAAAGACCAGUCGCCACUGACUUUCUUUUACUUUUUUUAGUUCGCUGGGCACACUUAGUGCCGGGCGUUUUUCGUUUGCCCCCUUUUGCCCCGUUUUAGUUCGACUCUUGUGUUGGGGAGUGGUCGCCGUUUGCCCGCGGCAGUGUAGCGCAGCCCGGCGAGCUCGCGGCUAUGGCGGCGCACGGCGCGGCCACGGCGUCCGCAGGCGGCCCGGCCAACCACUGCAAGGACUGCGGCCUCUACUUCGACAGCGUCAAGUCGCUGGACGUCCACCUCCACUACCACAAGGAGAACCUGCUCAGCAAGUGGGCCACGACGGCCGCCGCCGCCGCCAGGGGCGUGCCCGCGGCCGCGGCCGGGGGCGCCGAGGAGGCCAACAACAACCACAACCACAGCCACCACCACCACCACGCCGGCACCGCGGCCAGCAGCCGGCGGCGGAGGCCCGCGCAGCAGCAGCAGCAGUCGCCGCCGGAGGACAGCAAGGGAUCUCCCGGGCCCGGGCCCCCGAGGCCGCCCUCCGGGGGCUACUACGCACAGCAGGGCGCGCCUUCGCCCUUCGAGCCCUCGGCGACCUCUCAGUUCGGUUUCGUGCCCGCGCAGUCGCCGUCCUCGGUCGGCGCAGCCUUCCACCCGGCUCUGCACCCCGCCUUCUCUGGCGGCAGCGGAUCCCUGUUCCCCGGGGUGCCUCACCAGCAGGUGCAGCAGGACGGCCCCCUCUACCACCACCAGCUGCAACUCCAGCACCACCACCAAGCUUCCCCGGGUCCGGACCACUUCGUGCCGGGCGGCGGAGACGUGGGCGUGUCGUCGUCGACUGCUCCGUCCGGCCCCGGACUGCGCUUCCACCCGUACCGCCAGCAGGCGGGCACGCCCCCGGCCCCGGCGAGGCCGCCGCCGCCCUCGUCGCCGGCGCAGUGCGAGCGCUGCGGCCACGUGUGCGAGAGCGACCGCGCCCUGGCCGACCACGUGGCCUCGGCGCACCCGCCCACGCCGUCCGUGGCCGCUCCCGCGCUGCCCGCCAACGGCGGUCCCGCCUCCGCGUCGUCGGCGUCGGCGUCGCCGGCGCCGCAGCCUUCGCCUACCGACGUGGAGCGGCGCGCUCGUGAGGCGUCGCCGAGGCCCGCCAAGACGGAGGAGGAGGCCACGGCGGAGAUCCUCGACCUGGACUCUCACAAGGUGCAUGUGUACGAGGGAGACGCUCCCCACGGGGUUCACGGGCUGCACCCCGGCCCCCUGUGGGGUGGUGCGCACCACACGCAGCUGCUGCACCAUGCGCCGCACCAGCACCACCACCAGCACCACCAUCAACAGCAGCAGUUGGUGACGAUGGACGCGCACGGCCACGGCCACCCGCAGUUCCCACUGCAGCAGCAGCCGCAGCUCACCUUCUUCCAGCCGCACCACUACCUCGAGCUGCAGCAGCACCAGCACCAAGCACAGCACCAGCUGGCACACCACCAGCAGCUCUUCCAGCAGCCUCACCAGCCAUCCCCGGGGAGCCCCCUGGGGGCAGUUCCGCCCGCCUCCCAUGGGGCACCUACACCCCCGGCAGCUGCUGCCGCCUCUUCCCCUGCGGCGGCCUCCGGCAGUUGGAAGGCGAAUGAGCUGCGCCGCCCUAAGACGUACAACUGCUCAGCGUGCAACAAGUGGUUCACCAGUUCGGGACACCUCAAGCGCCACUACAACACCACGCUGCAUAAGAAUGCUGUCAAGCAGAGUGGGCAGCCAGAUCCUGCAACAGCUUCUGGUACAACCAACCACCGCUCGGCUGCGUCCUCUCCGGCAUCUGCCCCCAGCCCCGGAGGUGGUGACGAUUCCUUUGGCAGCAGCAGUGGUGGCGGGCGCAUCACACCCCAGCAGCAGCAGCCACCACCGGCUCCAGCAUUAGCUCAGGUGUCACCUCUUCAACAGCAACAGCAGGCACCACCCCCUCAACUACUAGGACAACCACCCCCAGUGGCUGGUGGAGGGGCGGGUCUUACACUCUUCCCACACCAGUUGCAUACCUUCCAGCAACAACAACAGCAGCAGCAACAACAGCAACAACAACAACAACAGCAGCAGCAAUCGCAACAGCAAGUGGUGCCGGGGCUAGGAACGGAUCAGUUCUACAAACCCCACAGCAAUGGCUGUGGACUCGACAUAGCUCAGCAUUCCCAACAACAGACACAACAGCAGCUGUACCAGCAACAGCAGCAGCACCUUCUUCAGCAACAGCUGUACCCCCAUCUGGCACAGCAUCACCCAAACGCGAACACCCCCCACGUUUCUUCGAGCCCGAGCGCCGCCGGACCAGUGCCGACGCUGAUCCCGCUGGCUCGGGGGCAGAGCCUGGCUUCUUCAGGCCUCCCUUCUGGUAGCAGUGACCUGGAAGGCCUGCGGCAGUACCACCCCUUUGAUGGGUUGUUCUCACUGCCUGGCUUUGCACAGCUUCACCACCAGCCUACAUCCUUCGGGCAGCUGGUAGGAGCUGAAGGGAACGUGGGGGGGACCGAAACCACCACCGUUACUGCCAGUGCCGACGACAUCGGUGCUGACAUCGAUGGCGAUGACGGCGACUUAGACAACUCGACUGCAGGGAAGGUCAGUGCCUCCUUCUCUGGCAUCACAUCUAGUGGGUGCCAGCUGGACCUGCUCGAGACACCGUACGACGAGCACAAGUAUGUCACAGACGCGAUAGUUCCUGACCUGGGCAGUGAGAUAAAGUUCGAGUCUGAGGAAGUGACAAGCCCUCUGGAACUACCUCGGGGAGAUUUCAACCUAAAGGAGGAGUUGGGUUAUGAGCAAGAGGGGAGAAGCCCUGCAGAACUUCCUCAGGUGGGGUUCAACCUCAAGCAGGAGUUAGGCUGUGAUCUACCGUCACCGGUACAGACUCCUUGUUCUACUGUGGAAGAAGCAGACAGCCAACAGUUGGAGCCACAGCCACUACUCCUGAUGCUGACAGCCGCACCUUCUGUGGCAGCACUGGAAGCCGUCGAUGAUGGAAACCCGAUCAGUGUCCCGACGCCACCCCUGGCGAGGAACACACCGCCGAGACAGCGGCAGCCCGAAACGGUCAGUGGCACGGCUGACUCCACGACACCACCUGCACUGGACUCUUCUGCUCGCAGCAGUGCUUCGGGGUCCUUUGCCCACUCCACAGUAUCGGGUGGCCCUCAGCACAAGUGUUUCGAAUGUCGUAAGGUUUUCAACAAGGCGUGCUACCUCACCCAGCACAACAAGUCGUUUCACUCGGGUCACAAGCCUUUCAAGUGCAAUCGGUGUGGCAAGCGCUUUGCCACAGAUGACCUGUACCAAGGGCACUGUUCCAAGCAUGCUGGGGAUAAACCGUACAAGUGUGAAUUGUGCCCGAAGCAGUUUAAUCACAAGACUGACCUGCGCCGCCACAUGUGCAUCCACACAGGUGACAAGCCGUAUGCGUGCCACGUGUGCGGAAAGGGCUUUAUCCGCAAGGACCACAUGCUCAAGCACUGUGAGACACACUGGCGCAGAGUCCCCGGAGCAGCUCAAGGUGUGUCUCCACGGCGCUAUGGUCAGGUUGUGGUUGCAGCACAAUAAAUGUGAAGAGCCGACACCCGAGCUUAGACUAAAUUUACCUGGGACUACAGGUAUCUGACAUUUGGUGUAUGAUGAGGGCUGUCUGCCUCUGACCCCACAAUAUUUGGGAGAUAGAUUACCUUGAACACAAAGGUAUUCUGAAGCUUUUAAAAUGUAUGAAAGUGCAUUAAAGUCUUGGACAUUGUAAAUUAGCUUGAGUCCAUAAUCGACAACAUGCAUCCUGCAUAAUAAUGGCUUUGUCUACAUAGAUUGCAAGACUGUUGCAAAAAUCCUGCUGUAUCAGAUGUGCAAAAGUAUAAAACUGCAUAAGUGUUUUUUCUCUCUCUGAUGGAACAGCAUCUACUUUGAUAUGUGAGGAGAUAUAUCCUUCUAGUAACUUUACUGCCUGUAGGGCUCUUAUGUCUGAGGGAGAUUCUGCACACUGGACUGUUCCACUUAAGCAUGGACAAGGUUAUAUUUAAACUCUAGAUUUUGAUCUGGCUUGCUCACAAGCCAGUGUGUUCCUUGCUUCAUGAGGAGUUACAUACUGACAACAGCAUAUUCUGCUCGCUGUGGAUAAAUUGAUUUCACCUCAUCUGUUCAGCCGAUACAAUUGUAAAUAGUGUCUGCUACUCGGGUGGGACAUUGCGUACCUCAGUUUGUAUGUUCUAUGCUGUAAAUUGAGAGAAAACACCUGUCAGGUAUGUGGUUAAUCCCCCAGUGGCAUCAUACAUUGUGAACAUACCGUUUUUCUUGCUCAACUAGGAAUGUGUAUUACUCUGUAUCUUGAAGGCAGUUGUGAAAUAAGUCAAAUGGAUACAAAAGUGAUGACUGACAAACAAUAUUGCUGGUGCCCUUUCCAUUCUGAUAAAAUCUUUGUGUGUGUGUGUGUGUGUGUGUGUGUGUGUGUGUGUGUGUGUGUGUGUGUGUGUGUGUGUGUGUGUGUGUGUGUGUGUGUGUGUGCGCGCGCGCGUGUGCGUAAGCAUGCGAUCGGUGACAGAUUAUUUUGUGAUGCAACCAGACGUGUCGAGGACAGAAUCUUGACUUAGACUAUGAACUUGUGCAAAUGUGAGAACUAUAUGAAGUAAUGGUAACUCUAUAGUGAGUUUUCUAUUGUUCCUGUACAUGAGAUUUUCCUAAUAAGUAUAAGGAGUUCAGGCAGAAAACACACUUUACCAGCUUGUUUUAAAGCUAACUUCUGACUCUAUGCUUUUUUAAAGAAAUAACAGUAGGUGUAUACAUUCCACCUGUACAAAUUUUUCCUUUGUUGUUAAGAAUUGUGUGAAAUAAUUUUAUUACUAUUAUUCUGUUGCUAUGGAUACACACAUUUUUGAGAAAUAAUUUAUUUUUUAGCAUGUUCCCCUAUUUACCUGGGGUCAAACAUUAGUAUUAUUAUUAUAUCCUUCACAGGAGGUACUGUUUUGUAAUUUAUGCUAAUGUAAAUUCUGCAGUUGGACAAUAUUGAUAGUUUUAGUAUAGUUCUGUUUAUUGUUAGUAUAUAUAUUUUUUACAAAGAGUGACAUUGUUUCCUGCUUCAUUGAGAGGCUUGUUGACAGUUUUGUGGGUUGUUCCUGGCCAGUAUCAGCUUGUAGUAGAGUCCUCCUUUCUUGUUAGUAGUUUGGACUGAUUGGCAAUGUUUUCCGUGAUAGAUGCUUUGAUGACUGCAGAGCUUUGUUCUGGGCUGGAGAGUGGGAAAAAGUUUCAUUGUGUGAUCUAGUGAUCUGGGCUGAGAACAAGUUUGCACAGUUAGGAAGAGCCCCUGCCUGUUGAUUGACCCACACUAGUUCAGAGCUGUCGCCCACAAUGACAUUUGUGGACGGGUGCCCAGCUUACAUUGUGUAUUGUUCCUAUGUUGUGUUUAUUUUCAGAAUUAUACCAGUCACAGUUUUAUACUCAUUUUAUAGGGUCUUUAUUAUUGAGACUUACAAAAAAGGCUUUUGUGCCGAUGUACCAGUGGGGGAGAAAAUUAGAGAAUAUAUUGACCUGGUGAGUACUUACUUCCUCCCAGGUAUUUAUAAUUAAAAUUGUUUAUUAAUUAUAAAUUGAGAUUAUUUUCCAUUUCUAUAUUAAAGACACAAGGUUCCUGAAGAACAUCAGGGAUUUUAUUUGUAAUUUUUAUUGUUGUACAUAGCAUUAAAAAUAGAGGGUUUAUCAAUGAAAGUACAGACUUUAGUGACAUUUUUUUCUCUGUUUCCUUAAGGUUUCUUGAUCAGUAAUGUGUUUUUCCACCUGGAAAAGGAUUACUGGGCCAAGGAAAUGUGAAGGUCCUCAAUGCUUUCAACGUGAAUGAGUGCACAGUUAGAGAAGCUUUGCUGACUAAAUUUCAACAACAAACUGAUCACUUUCUUAGUAAUUCUAAACUGUCUUUUGGAUCUUUAUUGAUAUUAGUAUUUAGUUUGGUUCUCCAUCCUAUAAAUUCAAAUUAGUUGAAUUGCUGCCCCAGCUCUUGGUGCUGUAAUGUCAGAUCGGCCUCUCUCCACAUAAUUGUCUGAAUUGAACAAUCAAUAGACACUUGUUUGACGGCCAGAGGGUGGUACGGUAUCAUUUCAAAGGAAUGUGGUCUGCUUAACCUCCUGAAUUCGCUUGCAAGGUUUUAAAGAUAUAUUUCAAUAGAGGGGUAUAAACUUUCAACAUUAAUUCAGGAACAGAGUGUCAGUGAUGGUAUAUUUCAGUGCGCAGGGUGGUGUCCACAUUUACAAUUGUUAUUUCACUUAAACAGUUUUGUCAAGCAGAUGAAGACACGACCUCACAAAUGUUAAAUGGUUUUCUUCUGACCUGAUCUCUUGUCUAGAAGCAUGUUUUGUGAACAUGUAAGGUAAUCAGGCUGGCUGCGCAUAGCUACCCCUUCCCAUUGCCCUUUCAGCAAUUGGCUUUCUGUCGUGUUCAGCCAACUGCCAGUACAUAAAGUCGUCUGAAAAUAGUCUAUGCAGUUUCCGCAUUAACAUGAGGAAUCGUAUGGUGGGAGGUGGCAGGUAUCCUAUCUGCUUCUGAAUUAGUCUGUUCUAAUUCAUUUCUUUCCAUAUAAAGAGGCCUUGACAAGAUUCAGGUUUUCCUAGCAACAGUGGGGAGAUAAAUUUGAAUGUGAUACGUAGCUGAAGUUCAAACAUUUUCAUAACUUGCGGUACAACUAAUGAAAUAAACUUCCUAGUGCCUGUAAAUAUUACAUAUAUUUGUGCACUGAUUUUUCAGCUUGUACUGGGACAUGUUGGUGUCUUAUUUUUGAUGUAGACUAGUAAUUUGAAAUAGUUGGGAGUGGCACCGUAUACCUGUUUCUACUAUACUAGUUUUGUAGCAUGCAAACAGCCACAUUAUUUUGGAACUAUGACAAAUAAAAUGCUCAACUGAAAAUGAGCAUUCAAAUAUUACAUAUAGAAACGAAAACUGCCUUGCUGUACAAUACUAGUUGCAUCAGGAAAGGCACAAGAAACAUUAACAGGCUCCAGAAACUUUAUUUCACUAAAAUUUGAAAUUUGCAUGAUCGUGAAAAUAGCUUAUAAAACGUGUCCAUCAUUCAUACUUACCUCUCCUCUGUUGCUCCUUGGUGCUGUGAUUCUGAGUAGUUGCUUUUUAUCAAAUUCUGAUUGUCCAGACCUUUUGCUUAGGAAUUUCGUAUUUCAGCUAGUUUUCUUCAUUUUUGUUGGUGCGUUUUUCAGUAAGGUGACAGUUCCUUCCACCAUGGGUUUUUCUUGGAGAAUUGCAGCUCAUUUCCAGACCCCCCC